CUCUGCCGUUCACGUGACUCUCCCGCAGGAGGACGGAAGUGGGACCGCGGCGUACAAGUCUCUCAGCAAUGGCCUUCACCUCGCUUUUAUUAUUUCUCUGUUCGGUUUACAGCUGCUGUGCUCAAGUGCCUCUGCUCAUGUGGACCAGUGAUGGGUCCGAAAUGCCACAUCUGCCUCAAGCAGCAGCUGGUCAGAUAGUGUCUGGUGGGCAGCUGGCGUCUUAUCUCAAACCUGCCUUGUCCACCGCUCCACACAAUGUGCUGCUCUUCCUACAGGAUAAGCUAAGUUUGGAAGACUUCACUAUGUACGGUGGAGUGUUUGGCAACAAGCGAGACAGUGCCUUUUUGAACGUAGAGUCAGCACUUCAGACGUCCUCCAGCCCCCUGGUGUUGCCAGCCCUGGACUGGUCUGCAUCACAUUCCGUCCUGGAGCUGUUCCAGGCAGAGCUGGGUGUCCCAGCAGUCCAGAUGGACCCCAGCGCCCUGAAGGAAAUCAAGCUGAGCACAGCACAGCCUUCCCUGCUGGCCCUCCGUCUCCCUUACAUCGCUGGGGAUCAGACAAAGGAAUUGCUUUUGAAAAAUGAUGCGAUCAUUGGAGAGGUCCUCGACAUGUUCAAGUCUCAGGAUGUGCCUUACACUGCCGUAUACACCGGCCUGAAGCCUUCUAGAGUGAUUGAGGAGAGCCCAGUGAUGGCAGCACAGUCUGUGGGCCGAUCUCUGCUCCAGGCCCUGCCGGAGUCUCCCGUCAAACCCCCAGUUGUCGUCAACACCACAGGGGGGCCCUGCAUCCUGAUGUGGGCAGACACUCUCCUCGCUACUUACUCUGGGAAACAGGUGGAUCUGGCAAAAGACGUUUUUAAUAGUUCUUCUGACAUCACGGCCGGUUCCGUUUGCAAUGGAACGGUGUCAAGACUUGUCCUCAAUUUCCAAAAUGUUCUGAAUCUGCAAUCCCUCAGGCUUAUCUUCUCUAUGCGCAAGAUCUUCUUCCCCGUGUCUGCUCGCGACUGGUCGGUGAUGGAGCAGGUGGAGCUGGAGUACGACGGGCAGAGAGCCAUCUUUAAUGCCAGCGGCGGGAUCUACUCUCCUGCGGAGUAUUCUUUCCACUGCCAGAGCGUGAGCAGCGCUCAGAGCCCCCUGCUGGUGCCUCGAAGCGCUACGGACAACGCUACCCUGUGGACGCUGUCUUUCAAUGAUUUCCAGAUCCAAGGCUUCGGCGUUAGCGGUGAAGACUUCUCGUAUGCCAGCGACUGUGCGGGAUUCUUCACUCCGGCGAUUUGGAUGGGCCUGCUGACCUCUCUACUCAUGGUGCUCAUUCUUACCUACGGCCUGCACAUGAUCAUGCAGCUUCGCACCAUGGACCGCUUUGAUGACCCGAAAGGGCCAGCGAUUUCAGUGCCUCAGAGUGAGUGACUUCAGCCAAAAACUGUCAUGUUGUCAAAAAGGUAAAAAUACGCUUGAUUUGUAUGUAUGGCAAAACUGAUGUGGUUGGAAAUCAGGAAUUUAUGGAUCUAGCUUGACUAUUGAAUUUUUUUUUUUUUCUUGAGUAUGUAUGUUCAAAGGCAAAUCAUAUUUUUAAAUGUAUUUUGAUGUCACGUAGAAGGUGGUGAAAUUUUCAUCUCUCCUUUUCUACACUUGUAAUUAUUUAAUUAACACUUUACAUUAGGGUUCUAUGCAAUCAAAUGCACUAACUAAAACUAAACUAUUCUUUUGCAGCAUUUUUCUUACAUAGAUGCAUAUAAGUAGCACUGAAUAUUAGACAUUUUACAUCGGUCUACAUUAAUUAAUGCUGCAAAAAGUGUUUGUUUUUUUUAUGGUUGAACCUAUGCAUUUCAGUACACAUGCAUAUUUCUCUAUGAAUGGAAUAUUUUUUGACAUGUUUUGCAUUGGAACAUCCUGUUUGGACUACUGUUAUUUAUCUUCUCCUUAUAAAUCUGGUGGUUUGCUUCUCAUAUUUUACUGGAUUUGUACAUGUUUGUGUAGUUGUAAGUUUAAAGGUUGCCAAUAUUUAAUUAUGCCAAAUGUACAAUUUAAGUGCCUAUGGACCAGUCACUGCAUGGAGAAUGAAAAAUUCUAAAUUAAGAUUCAUUAAAGUUUUUGGUUAUUAGACUAAUAAAAGUGCCAAAAGUACGUUCACAUGUCUUCAAUGGUUAAAAUGUUUGAUUUCAUUUGUGAUGCCCCAAAGAAUGAAUGGUUUAACAAAUCUGUAAUUACAGUAAAACUUGCCAUAAUGUUGCUGUUGACUGUACAAUUGUUAAUUGAAGUCGCUGUAUAUAUGUUAAAAAACUCAUUGGUGCGAUAUUGUCUGUUCAAAAUAUACCAUGUGCAGUAGGAUUCAUGUUUUUGUUUGACAUGCUUUGUGAAUGAAAUAGUCAUGAACAGUUUUUUUCUAUUGAAAUAAUUGAACAACUAAACUGAUUGUUCCUUGUUAUGUAAUAGAGGAAAUGUAACGCGGUGAACUGAACGUGGUUUAUUGGAAACCUUGUGAUACAGAAAGCAGCUGUACUGGUUGAAUAUGAAAUGUAUCUAGUGAUGGAGCAAAACCUAAUUCCACAAUAACACUGCGUGUCAAACAGAAUCAGUGCUCAGGUCUGCAAAUAUCCAAGAACUAAAAUAAAAUGGACAAAUUUCAGUUAUGAACCCAA